CUUUCAAGCAUGGGCAGCGCCGACAGGAUGCGAGCGGUGGCUCUGUGGACCUUGUGCAUGAUGGCGAGCGCGGCGCGUGCCGCCUUUAACGUAUCGGCAUUGCCACCACUACCAUCGAGGUUUCCUACGUACGACUACCCGUCGAACUUGGAUCUUUCCCAUGCGUUUCCAGUCGAUGUGAAAAAGGGACGAGACCUAUUGCUGCCUCUCGCUCCGUUGCACCAUGUCCUGUUCCCGGCAGUCGAUCCUGGCGGAAACGUGUCGCUAGGAGUGUCGUUGAGCGCAUGUGCAGGUUCGAUGUAUGUGUCGCUUGUCACGGUCGACAACGUUGUGUUCCCACUGUCCACGUCCGCCGAUCAAUGCUACACGUUCGUCAAGGAGGCCAGCGUACUCCCGUCGACUCUGCCGAGCAUGUGCCCGCAGUACCAUGACCGAGACGGUCAAUUCUACACCCUCGACCCGUACACGAUCCAAGGAGUGCUCGUCAUGGCCGACGUGGACGACGAUGUAUGCGUUUCCGUGUCGUUCUCAUCGUCCCUUACGUUUCCCACUGGAUUCGCUCGCAUGUUCAAGGCGGACGCAUCGCCCAACAUGACGCUGGAUGCGCCGUCGGCCGUGAUGUCGUUUGAAGCGCCGACAGUAGUCACAACUGCCUUGAACGAAUCGACUUGCGACGAUUGCUCGUACGACGUGUACUUUUCGCCGGCGCAGUCGUCGUCCGCUGUGCCUCCCGUCCUUCCAUCGAUGUGUCUGUAUGCGUCCAACAUGGAACGCAAGACUCUUGCCGACUCGUCGGGCGGCCAUUCCGGGCGCAUCCUCGACCUCCAUCGCUCGUUCGACGAAGGCUGGUACCAUAUCUACUUGAUCGCGACCAUUCCUGGCAUGUCUCGGCCAUCCAUGUUUGUCUACACCCCAACCACCGUCUUCCUUUCUCGGUCCAUCGCUUGGACGAGUGCGUGCCCAAAUGCCGCUUUCACUCGAUUGAGGGUCGUUGUAGGCAUCGUCGUGAUUUGCGUCGUGGCGGUGGCUGCAGUCGGUACACUGUGGCUUGGACUUGCCCGCCACAUGCGGCGCAAACGAAGCCGCUUCCCAUCAAGUCCCCAUUUGCCCGUGCCGCCAACGCCGUACGACAAUUCGGACGAGACCGCCAGCCUCCUGGCCAAAACCACAGCGUACCAUCCCGUUGAGGACGGCGGCGACAGCAGCGACGACGAUGAUCCGCGGUUCGACGUCCAUGGCUACCAAAACAUUGGACACGUCACAGUCUAGAUUACGCCCGUCCUUCGGUGGCAUCCCCUGUAACACAAUGGGAUUGAAAUUGUCCUUGCCGUGAUGCGCGACCCUCCAUCACGCGAUUGCCUUGCAUGGAAAUGCGUUGGCUCGGCCUCUCUCACGCAUUGUUGCCAUGAAGGAAUCGAGUGGCUUAAACGUGCCGCCAUAUCUACGCA